UUCAAAAUGGUUGAUCAAGUUCAGCACUCUUCUGUCGCGCAGAAAGCUGCUGGCCAGUUCCUACGUUCCAGUGUUUCUAGGGACAUCCAAGUGGGUCACCAGAGGCCUUCGAUGUACCAACGACAUGCAUCAUCCUAUGGAAACUACUCCAAUGCUGCGUUUCAAUGUCCUCUCGACCCCACAUCCCUGAUGGCAGCAAAUGCUUCUCCCGUGUUUGUCCAAGCUCCAGGAGAGAAAGGGUUCACUAACUUUGCUCUUGAUUUUCUGAUGGGUGGUGUUUCUGCUGCCGUCUCCAAGACUGCUGCUGCUCCCAUUGAGCGUGUUAAGCUUUUGAUUCAGAACCAGGAUGAGAUGAUUAAAGCCGGCAGGCUUUCUGAGCCCUACAAGGGUAUUGGUGACUGUUUCGGCAGGACGAUAAAGGAUGAAGGCUUUGGUUCUCUAUGGAGAGGAAACACCGCCAAUGUCAUCCGUUACUUCCCCACUCAGGCCUUGAACUUUGCAUUCAAAGAUUACUUCAAAAGGCUUUUCAACUUUAAGAAAGACAAGGAUGGCUACUGGAAGUGGUUUGCUGGUAACUUGGCAUCUGGAGGAGCUGCUGGUGCUUCGUCCCUUCUCUUUGUGUAUUCCCUUGACUAUGCCCGUACCCGUCUAGCCAAUGACGCCAAGGCUGCAAAGAAAGGAGGUGGUGGCAGACAGUUCGAUGGUCUUGUGGACGUUUACAGAAAGACACUCAAGUCUGAUGGUGUUGCCGGUCUUUACCGUGGGUUCAACAUCUCCUGUGUCGGUAUCAUUGUCUACCGUGGUCUCUACUUUGGACUCUAUGACUCUGUGAAGCCUGUUCUUCUCACCGGAGACUUACAGGACAGUUUCUUUGCUAGUUUCGCUCUUGGAUGGGUCAUUACUAACGGUGCGGGUCUUGCAUCCUACCCUAUUGACACAGUCCGCAGAAGAAUGAUGAUGACGUCAGGCGAAGCUGUCAAGUACAAGAGUUCGAUGGACGCCUUCACUCAGAUCCUCAAGAACGAAGGAGCCAAGUCACUCUUCAAAGGAGCUGGUGCCAACAUUCUGCGUGCUGUCGCAGGUGCUGGUGUGCUCUCCGGUUACGACAAAUUGCAGCUGAUUGUGUUCGGUAAGAAGUACGGAUCAGGUGGUGCCUAA